UCUCCCUUUCGUGUGCGAGCUGCGCAUGCGCGGCGCCGUCCGGGCGCCGCUCGCUGACGUCACAUCCGCCCGCGUCCCCUGCGUCGUGAGGUCACUUCCGGCGGCGCCGGGCGCCAUAGCAACGGGCCGCGGGGCGCGCCGCGCUUCCAUGGAGGCUCGGAGACCGCGGGACGGGCCCGCUCCCGUAAGGGGAGCCGGGCCUCCCGGCUUCGCUUUCGCCCGUAGGCGGCGAGAGCAGGAGCUGGCCGAGUUGUCGGCCGCGGUGAAACGGGAGAACCAGGCCCGCGGUUUCUCCGAGUGGCAGCGGCGCAACGAGGCCAAGUGGGUGCGGGGCGACGCGCGGAGGAAGGCGGAUUCCGCCCUGAGGGAGCUGCGGGCCGCCACCGAGAGCAGGAGGGAGAGGCUGCGGGCCGUGCUGGAGGCGGAAGUGGAGGCGGGCCGAGCCGCGCUGGAGCCAAUGGGAGAGACGGAGCUGGAGAGGGAAGCGGAAGUGAGGGGGCGGGGCAAGGCGCUGCGGGAGAAGCGGGAGGAAGAGCGGAAGCGCCUGGCGGACCGGAAGUGGGAGCUGCAAUGGAGGGAGCGAUGCCCCGAGCUGCGGGAGCUGCGGCGGAAGCGAUGCCAGGCGGAGCUGCGCGCCGAUUGGCUGGCGCAGCUGUCAAUCAAAGAAGCAGAGCGGAAGUGGAGGCGGGAGGAGGAAGCCGCCUUGGAGCGGUUGGAGGAAGAACGGGAGCGGAACCGGAAAUGGAACCGGGCCCGGGAGGAGGAGGAGGCGGCCCGGGAGAGGAGGAAGAACGGGGAGGAGCUGAGGGAGCGGGCCGAGCUGCUCCGGGCUCUGAGGGCCGAGGAACGGAGGAAGGAGAAGGAGGAAGAGGCCCGGUGGCUGGCCGAGCAGCUCCGUCUCCUCCGCGCCUCUAACGAGCGGCAGCGCUUGGCCCAAUUAACGAAGCGGCGCCAGCUCCGCGCCGCGCUGCCGACUUCCGGGAGGAAGCAACGGGACCAGGAAGCGGAACAAGAUGGCGGCCGAGAGGAAAUUUCCCCUUGGGAGGAAGCGAGGAAGAGGAUGAAGGAGG